AUAAUAGGACUCCCGCAAAAUCGAAGUAUAUAAUUGAAAACAAAAAACACUAAAGAAAAUGGAGAGUAGCAGCAAAUCAUGUGCCAUACAUAUGAGAGAUAAAAAUGGCAAUCUUCUUGCACGCAACUCAGCGUGCUGUUUGGGUGUAACCAUAAAAUAUGGUCGAAAAAUAAAAAAAAUAUAUUUGGAGUUUUAAGGCAAAAUACAAAGUAGACAACUCAUAUUUUUUCCAGUCAUUCUCUUUCAAUGCUCUUUGUUCCCUACUCAUCUAACCAUCCAGCUGAGUAUUUAAUUUGAUUUAUCUUUUAUUGAUCAAAUUUAAUUAUUUUUGGGAAGGAGAAUAUCCAAGAAAUUAGAAAUAGAAAUACAGAAUCUUAACUGGAUGGCUAUGUUUACAGUUGGAGAUGACUUACGUGCCCUCACGGUAUGUGGUGGAAUGGAUAUGAUCGUCCUUCCGUUUUCUUAAUCAAAUGUCUCGGGUUGGAGUCCUGAAAAUAGAGAAAUUGCUUAUAGAGGAAUGCUUUUCCUUUAAAUGGACCCUACAAAUUGAUCCGACUAGUUUAGAUUCGGGCCACAUGAGAUUUUUUUUUUUUUAAGGGGGGCGCGCUUCCUAUCCUAAACUUUUCAUUUUACUUUUAAUCAUGACGCACUUGUAAUCAUAAAAAUAGAGUAAAUAAUGAAAAACACACAUAACCUAUAACUUUUUCACGAGUUUCACACCUCGACUAUCAGCUUCUCUCUUUUCUUAACUUGAAACUCGUGAAAAAGUGAUCGUUCACAUGUAUUUUUAACCAUUAUCUCACAUGUUAUUACAUGUUUGUGUCUGGUACAUCUGAUUUAGGCUGAAAAUCUUUUUUCCUUUCAAGUUCAGCACUUCAAAGCAUGACAAUAUCUUUCAAAUAUCUUAAUAUCCAUUUUUACUAAUUCCAACCUCUGAAUCUAGUCAAACAUUACUAUAUAUCUUUUGUCUUGUCAAACCCCUUAUUCCCUCCUCUCUUUUUCUCUAACUUUUAAUAUUUUAUAAUUAAUUUUAGUGUAACUAAAUGCCUUUAUGGAGCCCUCUUGGCACAAUAUUAUUCCUCUAUUUAAUAAAUCUCACAGCCAGCAUUAUAUACUCAAUUUUCUCUCUAUUUCUCUGCUUUUUGUCUUGUCUAUUAAAGAUCCAAAAAGAGAAAACUAUGGCAGAUAGUGUAAAAGCAAAUGAUAGUGUAAAAGCAGAAGAUCAACUUGUUGAAUUCAAAGAAGCCAUCAGUUUAUUUGACAAAGAUGGAGAUGGCUGCAUUACAGUAGAAGAAUUGGAAACAGUGAUAAGGUCAUUGGGUCAAAAUCCAACAGAGGAAGAACUAUGCCAUAUGAUUAGUGAAGUUGAUGCUGAUGAGAAUGGCACCAUGGAAUUCACCGAAUUCCUCAACCUCAUUUCCAAGAAAAUGAAGGAGAAUGAUUCAGAAGAGGAACUUAAAGAAGCUUUUAAGGUGUUUGAUAAUGACCAAAAUGGUUAUAUUUCAGCUAAUGAUUUAAGGCACGUGAUGAUUAACCUUGGGGAAAAACUAACAGAUGAAGAGGCUGACCAGAUGAUUAGAGAAGCAGAUUUGGAUGGAGAUGGUCAAGUCAACUUUGAUGACUUUGUUAAAAUGAUGACACUUGGAUAGAAAAAAAUUAUUCAUAUUUGUUCUUUUUACUAAGUAUCAUUUUAUAAUUAUUUGUUUUAUUGUAGUUAUUAACUAUAUGAUCAGUGUUGCAGCUAAGGAAUUAAUUGUAGGAUUAUUCGACUAUUAGACUCUGAAAAAUUUGUAAUCAAACGAUCCCUUAAUUAGUUUAUUUUUAUUUCCCACUC